GCGCACGCCCCGCCCACCGCAGCCGCGGCGCUCGGAAUCCCUCCAGCGCGCGCUUUUCUAGUUCUGCCCGAUUGUUGUCUGGCGCGCGAAUUUCUGACAGGAUCUCUCUCUCUCUCCGCGCCCUCCGUUGUCCCGGCCGGCCGGCCGGCGGGAGUCCAAAGGCGGCCUCCGUCGAGCGAGCGCCUGCCUCCUUCAUGGCUCCGAGGACCUUCCUCCGCUGAGCUGAGAGGCGAGAGAAAUCGCCGGCCGUUGCUGAGGGAAGAAGGCGGAUGGUGGGGAAGGUGGCCAUGGCCGCCGAAGCUGCGGCUGCCUCAACCGACGGCGACGUCCAGCCAUGUAAGAAACGGAAAGAAGAUGAUCCUUCUAUAAAAGCAAUUACAAAAUAUUUUUCACCAUUAGGAAAAAAUGUUGAUAAAGUGUUGUCACCACCAAAGUCCAACAAUAUAAUGGAUUAUUUUAAAAGAACUUCCCUCACAUAUGAGAAUGUUGCUGCACCUGUAACAGAGAUGAAAAGUAAAACAGAUAGAUCAUCCUUGGAAAAUUCUUCAAAGGCUUUGUCAAGACUCAAGAGGAAAGGAAAGAGAUGUAAUUUAAAUAAUAAAUUAAAAGAUAUAAAAACAAUUGGGCAUGACCUUGUGAUAGAAAUUAAUAGUGAUGAUAGAAGAGAAUUUCUCAGUCCGAGAGAAGAAGACUCUAAAAGUAGUUUCAAUAGUCACAGUGUUCCUGCAUUGGUUGGCCCUACAAACCUGGAAGAAAUGUUAAAUGAUUGUAGUAAACACCGUCUCAGUACUGUUGACGGGAAACAUGAAGAAGGAAUAAAGAGUAACAUAAAAAGAUUAAAGAAACGGAAACACAAAGAUAAGGUGGACUUGCCUAAACAUUUUUCUACUGAAACACAACAGAAAGAUAAUAGUAGAGAAGUUGAUAAUAAACAAGGUAUAUCUAUGAGUAAACCAGAAAAUGAAAGCAUAGAAAAUAUGCAUCCUGAGACUAAUGCACAUGAGACACCACUUUUAAAUGAUUGCACGGUUACUGUAUCAUUUGAAGACUUUCUAAAAAGCCAAGGUGAAAAUAAAAGCCAUCAAAUUCCCGAAGCAGAAACAGCAGAUAGUCCCACUGCAUCAUGUGAAACAGUGAGCUGCCAAGUUGCUCAGCAGCUCCCACUUAAGAAAGUAACUGUCCUUGCACAAAUUCAUUCUGUGCCUCCAAAAUCUCCCUCUUCUAGGAAAAUAGCCUCUAUCUUUUUAAAGCAAAAAACCAAAGCAGCUAGAAGACAAAGCAGUCCGCCUGCCUCAGAAGAGAUGUAUGCUGAGCAAAUUACACAGAAGCGAAAAUCUAAUGUGGUGAUAGCAGAAGAAGAGUUAGAACUGGCAGUAUUAGAAGCUGCAGGUUCCGAGAGCAUGAAGUCAAAAUGCACCGCAGAAGAAAGAUACCAGUUUAUGAAAGCUUUUAGACAACCAGCAUCUGAUAUGGUAAAAAAUGGAUCUAAAAAGGGACCCGGCAAACAGAAGGAAGUAGAAAAAUCUUCAAAACACAAACUGGAACUGGAAGAAUCUGAGGAUGUUUCUAAUAAAAAAAUAGGAAAUGAAUUAUCAUCUGAUUUUGUUGGUAGUGAUUCCCAUUGUAAUACAGUUAAAAAAGAUCAUACCAGAGUAAGAAACAGCAAGCUCAGCAGGAAAAAGAUGAUACUAAGAGGAGAGGAGAAAGAUUUAAAUACAAACAAAAGCCCGGACCAUUCUGCUGGGGAAAGCACUUCAACUGAAGCAGAAAGCAAAUUGUCCCCCAAAAAGAAUGGAUUGAGAAGAAGUCCACGGCAAAAGAAAAGCCCAAGUUCCAUAAAUAUUACACCAGAAAAAGCAAGGUUUUCAGAGACUAUUGAUGAAAAUGCAUCAGAUCCUAUUCCUGUACAGGCUUCAACUCCCCAAACAAAAAAAUCCUUUAAUAAAAGUGCCUUGUAUAAGGCUGUGGUGAUUACUGAACCCUUUGAUUCAACGAGCCCAAUAAGGAUGAAAUUCACUCGAAUUAGUACAUCUGAAAGAUUUACGCAACAGAGUGUGAAGAUGAACAGUAUAUCCAAAGCAAAGAAAUUGGUUGAAAAAGCAAAGGCUCUACAGCAUAACAGAGCAACAAAGAUUACUGAAGAGACAUUACCCGUGCCUCUGCGACGCUCUUCUAGACAACAGGCCUUGACUGAAAAGAAAAAGUCACAGAACACAGAAGAUUCAGUGAUUUUUCUGGAUUCAAGUCCUGUUUCAGAAAAUGUGAACAAACCAAAGAAACUUCGAAACUUGAAUGAUGUAUUGGGGAAGAAGACUGGAAAUGUGAAGACAGCUAUGAAAUCAAAUGGCAAAGAGAAAGUGUCUUCAUCAAUUACAAAAAAGGUCCAGAAGACUACAGAUGCAGCAAUUUAUGUUUUGGAUGAAAGCAGUGAUCAAGAUUCUGAAAAUUCUCAAGAUGGCAAGCAGUUCAAAGCUAAACGUGAAUUUUUAAUGAGUGGUUUGCCAGAGUCUUUAAAAAGGCAGAUUGCAAAGAAAGAAGCAGCACUGGAAGCAUAUUCGUCAAUUAAUUCCUCUUUUCGCACAGUGGUCCAUGUUCAGCAGAAGGACUGUGGAUGUUUGAUGUGGAGGUUGGCACCACCCUCAUCACCUCUUCUAACUAAUCUGAGAGAGGUGAAUUCUGAAGUAACUGAUAUCGCAAAACUCACUUUUCCACUUGGUGAAUUUUCUGUGUUAAAAACACAGCCUGACAGGACUGAUUCUCCAAUUGUUGUGUCUUCUGGAUGGCGACCAGUUUUUUCUGAAACACAAAGGAAUUGUUUGUUGGAGGAGAUUCAGUUUUCCAAUGCCCAGUUUCCUGUGAAACGGUUUUUUCAUUUGCUGUUGAAAAAGCAAGCUGCUUACCAAACUACUAAACAAGUAAAGCAAUGUGAAGCUGUUAGCACUGGGACAAAUGCAGACUCUGAUAAUCGAAAAGCAACCAAAAGAAAACGAAAAGCUGAAGAUCACAAAUCCAAAAGGAGGAAGCAAAUUGGAAAAGCAGAGAUUAAAUUUCCAGACCAGGUUCCAUGUGAAAAACAGACUGGCAUGGAAAACAUCCCCAUAAUAAAUUUAGAUGAGACAGAAGACUCUGAACUUGGAUCAGAAAGUAGUUUUGCUUCUGAUUUUGCAAAUGAAGAUGUGCUCUGGACAGAAAAAUACCAGCCACAGCACUCCAAUGAACUUGUAGGAAAUGCUGCAGCAGUUCAGAAACUACACAGGUGGCUAUGUGAAUGGAAAAAAAGAGCUGAUUGUGAAGAAGACAGAACUCAAAAAGAAGCAAAAGGUGGCAGCCAAGAUGAAUCCUUUGACAAUGCGGAUUUUAAAGAUGAGAAGUCGGACAGCGAGGAAGAGAGUGUUCUUUGCAAUACAAUGCUGCUUAUCGGUCCCCCAGGCAUCGGGAAGACAGCAGCGGUUUAUGCCUGCGCACAGGAGCUUGGCUUCAAGAUAUUUGAAGUUAAUGCUUCUUGUCAGCGCAGCGGAAGGCAGAUUCUCUCCCAGCUAAAGGAAGCUACUCAGUCUCAUCAGGUGGACAAACAAGGUGUAAAUGUUCAUAAGCCAUGCUUCUUUAACAAUUACAGUAGCACUAAAUCACCCAGAAAAAGCUCUCCCAGAAAAGAGAAGUCCCCAAGAAAGUUUCCCGUUUCACCCAGAAAAGUUGGAUUAAAGCAAAGCUCGGCAUCCAAAACACUAGCAAACUACUUCAAAAUUUCUCCUAGGCCUAAGAAUGAAGAAGAAAAGGUGCAAGAAAACAACAAAGGAUAUACAGAACGCUUGCCUAAAGAAAAAGUGCAGAUCCAAUCUUUAAAAAGGGAAACUGGAGAAGAGGAUUCCAGUAAAAAAAGUGCAACUUCUCUUAUUCUCUUUGAAGAGGUUGAUGUAAUAUUUGAUGAAGAUGUUGGAUUUCUAAAUGCGAUAAAAACAUUCAUGAGCACUACCAAGAGACCUGUCAUUCUUACUACCAAUGAUCCAUCAUUUAGUUUAAUAUUUGAUGGCUGCCUUGAAGAAAUCACCUUCAGUAUACCUUCUGUGAUAAAUGUUGCCAGCUAUCUCCAAGUUCUCUGUUUGGCUGAGAACUUAAGAAUGGAUAUAAGAGAUCUUGCUGCUUUGUUAACUGCAAAUAAUUGUGACGUCAGACAAAGUAUUCUGUACUUACAGUUCUGGGUUCGGAGUGGCGGCGGCUAUUUAAAAGAAAAAGGAGGAAAGAGAGGGAUAAGUGGCAAAGAACAGAUUAUUUGCAUUGAUGAUGCAACCAGCUCCAAGAUCAGUAAACCUGGCCCUCCAGCGAAUCUUCCAAAAUGUGACACUGGCUGCACUGAGAACUUGCUUGGCCUUAAGAACAUCUUUUUGCCUUCCGAAGAUUUGUUCCAAUUUCUUAAGCAUGAAAUCACAACAAAAGAAGACUGGAGUAGACUGACAAAUCUGCUCACAGAAUUCCAGAUGAAGAAUAUAGACUUUAUUUAUAGCAAUCUUGAAUUCAUUUUACCUUUACCAGUCAAUAUACUUCCAGAACCAACGCUAAUAGCUAAUCCUUCAUGUAACACAGUUACAGAAAACGAUUCAAGUAAUAAGUCUUUGGACAGCGAUUGCUUAGAGGAAACAAGCCCUGUGAAAAAGGUUAAACGGACAAAGCGCCAAAGAAUUACGGCUUUCUUAGAUGAUAGUGAUUUAUUUGAAAGUGAUUUAGACUAUUCUGGUUUCAUUACUUUACCAUCUGACAUGCCUAGUUCAUGCUUGGAAGAAGAAAAGGGUGGACUGGAACCUGCGAUGGGUAACACAGUAGUACUGGACAGUGGAACGCCAACAAAAGCAAAGAGCUCUGCACCAGCAUACCAGUGCCUAAAUUCAGUAACUGAAUUUGUGGACAACAUGUCUUUCUUAGAUUAUUGCUUCAACGGGAUGUGUCAGGAAUCAAAACAAUCAUGUAAAUAUGAGGAAUUUAUUUGGACAAAAGGGAAGAUAAAAAAUGGUCUGUCGGAUGAGUUCAGCAUGGAGCAUAAUGACUGGUGGAACUUCAAAAGCUCUGCUGAGCUGAAAGCAACUGCGGAGGCACUCAGUUUUCACAAGUGCAUUAAGACAAUUUCAAAAAUUAUGGAAAGUAACUCUAGCAGGACUCCUGGGAAGGAUGAAUUGGAAGAACUUGCACUCAAUGUUUCAAAAGACAGAGCCGAUUUAUACUUUGGUCAGUCAAUAGCUAAUUCCAGCAUUUACCAUAAUGCACAGAAGAGGUUGGAAAUAAUCGAAACUGUAUUUUCCAGUAGACCUUCUUUAAAUCUUUGUAACAGACAAGCAAGUGUAGUGGAUUACCUGCCUAUUCUCCGCAACAUCUGCAAGUUGGAGAAACAGAAAGAACAGGGGAAAGCCAAAAGAAGAUUUCUCCACUAUCUUGAAGGAAUUCACUUUGAUUUUCCAAGAGAAAUUUUGAACAGCCUGGCAAAUGACUUUCCAUAAAGCAAACCUGUAGGACCUUUGAAUAUACAUUAAUGAUUUUAUAUGUACAGAGUGUUGCUUAUAUUGUGAAUCUUUUAAGUAUUUAAAAAUACAAACUGUAUUUUGUAUAUAUCUAUCGCCCAAGGUACUUUCCACAUUCCAAAUGUGAAGUGACUAUGUGUUGAAAUCUACACCAGAUGCAUUCAAAUACAAUCUGAAGCGUAUCAAGCCCAUUGCUGUAACUACUGGAUUGGCUGACUUUUUAGGGUGUGGGUUUUGUCCCAUAUAUUCAGGCAUAAUACCGUGUUUAUAAGGUGCUAUUCUAAUUUCCACAUAAGUAUGGUGCUACUUGGGAAAAGAUUAGCCAGCUGAUAAUGAGGUAACUGUAAACUUUUUUUGCUGUUUCAUUGCAAAGGCUGUAUUUGGGCUUGGUUUUAUGUGUGUGCAUAUGAGCCAGUAAUGUUUUCUUCACCAACACAGUAAGGUCUUCAAUCAUUUGGGAGAAAUAAUCUGUGUUUUGUAAAUUUAUACUAAAAGUUCUACUGGGUUGUAUAGUCGUAUUUAUCUGUAUUUAUCUGUAACCCUGUACAUUUUAUUUUUAUACUAUCUGAUAUUUUCCUACCACUACACUUGAAGUUCUUCUGGGUUAUUUUUUAAUUUUUUACCUACAGCGAAAUAAUAAAUAUCUGGAUGGGCUUUGAAACCUA